UUUUUUUUUUUUUUUUUUGAAACCCCAACAUGAAACUCUCUCAACUUCUCGUUACUGGCUCUUGUUGUUAUGAAUGAAAAGCACAGGUACAUACAUCAUCAACUUAUUGUUCGCAUUUGUGUAACGUUUCACCCUUUAUUUUUCACAGUCGGGGUUUCCCAGGUUUUGAGGAACACUCCAGUCCAACGAAUUGCUUUCUGCAUGGUAUCCCCUCAACUUACUCUCCAGCUAAGUUAGUCUUCUCAAACAAGAAGGCAUUUUCUCAAGAUUUGAAAACGUAAUUCCUCGGCUCACAUCAUAGUCAACCAAACGAGACCUGGGGACUUGAAAAACCCGCUUAAAUUGAUAAAGCAAGGAUCAACGACGCCCCAAAUAAGGUCUUACGCAACAUGAAGUUUACCACCUUUGCAGUUCUAUUUUAUGUCGCUAUCUGAGAAAUAUCCUUUUAGCUCAAUUUUGCCAUCGUUAUGUUUACACCAGUGUUCUUUCAUCACUGUCGCUUCGAGGCUCAUCUCUAAAGUUACAAGCGGAUUUUCUUCGGUUUCUACGUUCCAAUCGUUGACCGACAAUCCCGUCAACGAACGAGGCUAACUAUCUCAAUGCCGUGCUUUCUACUUACUGCUUUGUAUGGAUAACAAGCUGCUAUCGCUAUGCAAUCCUCUUGUCCCAACCAAACGCUUGUCUCCAAGUGUGGCUUGUCUCAUUUCGGAGCGAGUAUAACCCACAAAAUGUUGUUGUCUCGUUUGUAAUCAACAAAGAAACUGGACAGAGUUAGAGUCAUCCGUUCCCCUCCUUCCCCUCCCCACCAAUUUGCUUAUAUAUAUAUACACGAUUUACCAAUUUCAUUUGGUAAUAUCUGUAAAUCCUUAAUAUAAACAGCUUAAGUUACAGUAAGGUAUUCGGAGUCUGCAUGCCCCACCCUUCCUCGACUAAUACGACGAAAACAGAAGAUCGACUUGCAAAUUGCAUGCCGUUUCUCCACCAACAUCGAUCGAUUGCGGACGAGAAAUUGAGGUGAAGCUUGUUUGAACACAACGAUCUCAUUCUGACAAUUUGCCUACCGAAAAAUUGCUUUAAGCAGCUAAAUUUGUUGGUAGUCGUUGGUUUGGUAUGACAACCAAACCGGAUGCUAAUGUCGGUUUGUUGGCAGACGAGGAUUUUCCCAAGAACAGCCAUUCUCGUCUCAAUCCAUUCCCAUUGCAUGGAUCCUAUUGCUCUCCCAUGCUUGAGACACAUUGCCCUGGUUCUCUGCCUUCGUCGUCUUCCUAUAGAAAACAGCGGAGCCAAUCACCCGUGUCCUCUUCAAGAAGCAUUUCCAAAGACAAACCGCCAAUUUAUAACCCGGAACAAAUCCAAGAUUUAUCGGCGGUAUUGAAUUCUUCAGGCGAUGCGAUUGAUCAAUCGUCUGUGGCUCCUCCCUCAGAAACAGCUCAAAAUGUUCGUGAGAUUUCGUUCAUCGCUUCUCCUCAGCACUCUACUCAUGCGGUUGCAAGAAGGAAUGAUAAAACGGUCCCUUCUUCUUCUUCUUCCCGCUCAGCACAUCCUUUUGUAUCUUCGGAACCACAUAUUGAUGCAGAUGCAUCCCAUUUAGCUCUUCUUUCGGAUGAAAAAGAAUAUGUAGAUGUUUUGGACGAGGCUUCCUGCUCAGAUGAGUCCCUUCAUUCUUCUUCCCCAGUGCAUAACGACCAACAUCAAGAGUCGAAACAUUCAUUGCCCAUUGCAUUUGACCAUAAAAACCCAACUAACAUCAGUAAUGACCAAAUUUUCCUAUCAUCGAGCUGUCCCACUCAGCACGGAUUUCCUUCCCAUUCUCGAGACUCUUUAAAAGACAUCCAACCCGACCCUGACCUGUCAUCCUUACCCAAAGUCCAGCUCAUGUUACUUGGAGCUGACGAUAGUGAAAUUAAGAAAAACGCCCUUACUCAAGUUGAUUAUCUCUCCCAUGAUUGGAAAGAGACCGAUAUAUGGGCUAGCUGGCGUGAAAUUACAAAAUCAAAAAACAACUACGAGAAUGGUCUGCGUUUAGAAAAUGCUUCUUGGCGUUCUUGGAUUAAAUAUAAAUAUCACCUUCCUACAAUCUCCCCCGAAACUUUAAACUGGUUGAAAGAGUGCGAUGUUACUUGGCUCUAUGGUCCGCUGCUCCAUGCUUCUAUGCCUACGAUCCAUAAUUCACAAAUGUUGAAGCAAAAAAGCGUGCCUAAUGACUCCAACCAGAAUGCAAAUGAUCAUCCCGAUUCUGCUAGUGAAUACAGUUCACAAAAUUCCUUAACCAAAAAGCCAAUACUUAAGCGACGCUCUCCUCAAGAAGUUUUACUUUCAGGUCGCGAUAUUACACCUCGUUCCCAGACAUCUCGUUUGGACAACUACCUGCGUUAUCCUCCAAAUGAUACACCAGUAAAUCCAAACAUUUUUGGCCUCCGACCUCCUAUAUUCCGUCAGUCUCCUUCUUCUCAACCUUCCCGUCGGAUUCAUUUUAAUGACAGGGUUCAACAAUGUAUCGCAGUAGAUGUUGACCAUAGUACUUCUGAGAAUUCCAGUGCUACUGAGUCGAACGAAUACGCGGCAUCCGAAGAUACUAAGGUUUCUGACAAAAAAUCAGAUGAAAGCUCUAGUGAAGUAUUAUCAGACAGUUCUCGAUCAGCACAACCAAAUGCAGGACGGAUCAUAGUCGAUUUACCAGACUCUACCUUGAAAGCGUCGAUCGAAGAUCAAAUGAAUAGCUUGGAUAAUAAGAAUUAUGGUGGUAGUUAUUUCGCUCAGGAUGGUAGAAGUCGUUUUCCCAGAGUCCCAGAGUAUUACGGGGAAAAUGACUUUGAAGAAGAUGAAAUCUAUCGCGAAGAUCGUCAUUAUGGUGGUUUUCAAGAUUAUGAUCAUAACGUUAUUUAUGAUGGUGAUGAUUAUAAUUCCGAUGAAGAUACAUUUACCAUUGAAGAUGUGAAUGAAUAUCGAGGUGAACAAUGUGAUGAUUCCAGCAAUGAUGAAUCCCAAUUCCUAGAAUAUGCCAACGAUAAGGAUAGUUCCGAUGAAGAUAAUUUAAGUGAAAGUCCUUCCGACCAUGAUUCUGUACCUUCAAGUCCAUAUUCCGUUUUCUCUCGUACACCUCCCGACACAGGCUCAAUGGGAAGCAGAAGUAUUUAUUCUCCCUAUCAGCAAUCUCCUAAUGAAUCUAAUUUUUCUCGUUCUGUCGAUGAAAGGGUUGCUGAUGGGUCAUGCAUUGAUAUAAACGGCAUGGUUUCGAAUAAACACAAGGCUCAUAUAAAGUCUCAUAACAGAAGAAACUCCUCUUCGUUAACUUCAUUUUCUAAACAAAUCAGUCCGGCCGCACCUACGACUGCUGAAAAUCUUCAAACGGUUUCACUUGGGCCUUCCUCUGCUCGCUCAUCUAUGGAGUCUGAGGAAAAUAAAUCAGAUGUAAUUGAUGUAACGCGAGCAGCAAAAGCACCUGGUACCCAAGGACAAAAUGCACGCGUACAAUCUUCUGAUGCUACAGACGGAGAAUUCAAACAGACGAAUCCGGCAAGUUUUAAUGCGAAUCCUACUAAUUGGUUGGUUGAUAUGUUGCAAAAUAAAUUGAAAUCCUGGAAUGAGUAGAUUACAAAAGCUUAUUUUUUCUUGAAUCCUGUGUUCACUGAUGAAGUGUGGUAUCGUUUUGCAAAUGGAAAACAACUAUGAGAGCAAUUGUUGUACAUUCUUGGUUUACUGCAAACAGAAUUGCAAAAAUAUGUGUGUUUAUGAUAAAAGACAGAAAAAUUAUAAAAUACCUACUAGAACAAUGGCUAUUUAACGAUUCAUUAAUUUUUUUUUAUUUUCUUCUUUUCUUCUUUUUUUUAUGUGGAGAUAUUACGAGUCUGUUGGAAGUCGAAGUUUCCUGGUUCAGCAGGCAAGGCAUCACAAUCCUUGAGGAUUGUGUUUGUAUUUUAUGAUUUUUUUUCUUUCUGUACAGCGGUUCACUUAUGAUAUUUAUGUAAGUUAAUCUAUUUUGGCGAGUAUGAAACUUAAUUAAAGAAAACUAAUAAUCAUGAUUAAUAAAAUAGAUAAUUUUGAGCA